CAAAGGAAGGUGUUGUCUACGAUCUGAUUUCCGGCUCCAUUCCAACUAGAAAAUUCUCUCUCUCUCUUCUGUCUUUUCUGUCUCUCUCGUUUGGAGGGCUUCGAUGCGAAUCGCGAGCUUCUGGAUUUGCUAGAUGAUUGCAGGAAGAGCUGAGGGUUCUUCGCAUUUUUCUAGCAAAAUGGUGGAUUUGAAAUGGUUGGACCGAAUUCCGUGGGACGAGGAAUCAUACCCCGCCUACCAAGACUUCGCCGUCUUGCCGUUGCUUGCGAUUUUCUUCCCCUUCGUGAGGUUCUUUUUUGAUAGAUUCAUUUUCGAGAAGUUGGGGAGGCAAUUUGUUCUUGGUUUGGGAGAUUGGUCACUUGAUUCUAAUGUAGAUGAAAAGAAAAAACGGCUGAGGAAGUUUAAAGAGUCUGCAUGGAAGUGUGUUUAUUUUCUUUCUGCUGAAGUGUUUGCUUUGACAGUGACUUAUGAUGAACCAUGGUUCAAAAACACUAGAUACUUUUGGAUUGGUCCUGGUGAGCAGGUCUGGCCAGACCAAAAGCUAAAAUUGAAGUUGAAAGCGUUAUAUAUGUAUGCUGCUGGAUUCUAUGCCUACUCCAUAUUUGCUCUGGUGUUUUGGGAGACAAGGCGCUCUGAUUUUGGAGUGUCAAUGUCUCAUCAUGUAGCCACUCUCAUUCUCAUUGUGUUAUCUUACAUUUGGAGGUUUGCUCGUGUUGGAUCUGUUGUUUUGGCACUUCAUGAUGCAAGUGAUGUGUUUUUGGAAAUCGGAAAGAUGUCAAAGUACACUGGUGCUGAAGCGAUUGCAAGCUUUUCAUUUAUUUUGUUUGUACUGUCUUGGAUAAUUCUUCGCCUUGUAUAUUACCCAUUGUGGAUUAUUCGGAGUACAAGUUAUGAGGUUUUGUUAACCUUGGACAAGGAUAAGCAUAAGGUUGAAGGACCCAUAUAUUACUAUGUGUUCAACACUCUGCUUCUCUGCUUGCUUGUUCUCCAUAUUUAUUGGUGGGUGUUGAUAUAUAGAAUGCUUGUUAGGCAAAUUCAAGCAAGAGGAAAGAUUAGUGAGGAUGUACGAUCAGAUUCAGAGGACGAGGAUGAGAAGGAUGACUGAACCCGGAACAAGACUAAACAUCUUGAAUGGCUGAUGUCCUUCACAUAUGGAUUCAGGCAGAUUCCAUCUUAUUUAUGCACGCUGAGGAAUUCUCUGCAGCAGUUGGAACUGUACCUUAUAUUAUGAAGAUGAGAUAAUGUCCAAGCCUUGCAAUUGUGAUCUGUGUACAUUUAUUCAAAGAAAAAUAUUCCCAAACCAGAUCAAAUUAUUGAUAUUUACCAAUUAGUUUUCUUCUUUUCUCCACAGGCACCAUUCUUGUCACCAUUUUGUGAUUCUACACAAGAUUAACAUGUAGUCAUUCCUUGUAUCAACUUAUUGGCUUCAGCACCAUCACCUAACUGUCUCUUUGAGGCAUUUAUUUUCCUCAGUUCCUCUAUUUUAUGUUCCUUAUGUGGAACUUGUUUGUACUCGCCAAAAUGGAAAGGAAAAAGCAACCAGCGAAUUUUUGCUUUGCCCAA